GCGACAUAUUGGAGUAUAUAAUAAGAUGUAGCUAAUUAUAAUUAUUUCUACUUGAGGUGUGGAUAGCGAGUAGAGACCAGAGGAGGGCAGCAAUACGCCAUAGAUGCGUCUAGCCUGCCGGAAAUAAUAAUAAUAAUAAGAAGAAUAAGACAGGAAGUGAGACAAAGAAAACAACAUGGUGCUGGAAAAUAAAACCUCCGCCCGGGUGGAGGCAGGCCAGCGUAGGGUUCUGGAUGAGGCCACCAGACAGAGGAGACUGACCCGACAGCUGGAAGCUCUGGAGAAAGACAACUUCCAGACAAAAACUAGAAGAGGAGGAAGAAGAGAGGCGACCACUUCAAGCAGCGCUUCAGGAAGAACUUCACCACGCUGCUGGAGGAGGAGACUUUGUCCCGGCUGCAGGAAGUCACCGUCACACCGCUGUCGCCGCGACAACCCGAGGAGCUUCAUACCGCAGACGUCCAUCAUGAAGCCUUCAUCAUCUUCAUCAUCAUCAUCACCAUCAUUAUCAUCAUCAUCAUCAGACACUCGUCUCCUCUCCUCUUCGUCUCCUCCUCCUCUUCCUUGUCUGUCUCUGAGGAGUCCAGAGCUGCAGGCUCAGUUCCUACAAGAGUGUCGGAACAGAUUUGGCUCUCACGGUGAAGACGGUGUCUUCUCCUCCCCCUCCUCACCCUCCUCUUCCUCCCCUUCCUCCCCCCCCUCCUCCACAGGAAGUCCCUCCUCCUAUUCUUCUUCUCCUCCUCCCAGCGGCGACAGCAAGCGAGAUCGUCUGUCUCUCUCCAGCCCUGAGCUGCUGUCAGAGCUGAAACAGUCGAGGUCACGCAGCCUCCGACGCGUCCCGGCACACAACGGCAUGACCACCGUCUUCAGAGGACGAGGGAGGGGGGGACAGGCCCUUGGCCCUGCCCCCUCCACAGGAUCAGCCAAUCAGAAGACAGGUGGGCGAGAAACAGACAGAAGAUCUGAUCAUCGGACCUAAAAGAAGACAUGACAGAUUAAUCAGAUGAACAGACAUGUUGUUGACUCAUCUGGUUUAUAUCAUUGUUAAAUAUAUAUAUAUAUAUAUAUAUAUAUAUAUAUAUAUAUAUAGCAACACUUUUCAUUGAUCAAAGCUACAUUUCUGUAAAUAAUACUUUCCCAAUAAACAAGAUAUUGGGCUGUUUGUCAUCGA